GAUUGAAGAACAUUUGAGAUUCCUGAGGUCCUCUGUGUUCUUUAUAUAACAGUAAUAACACAAAGCCCUCUCUUUCUUCAAACUUAAGAUUGAUCUCUUCUUCGUUUGUGAUCUUCGAAAAGUGAAUGGCUUUUUCUUCCCUCAAUUAAUCUCUACGAUAAAUUUUCAAUUUUUUUCAUUUGCGGCCCAAGUUUGGAUUUUUAUGCAUAAAUUUUAAUCUCAAGAUAAUUAGAUUGCUCUUUGAAGGUUUCAGCUAAUUCUCAAAGGCGGCAGUGAACGAUGUUAGGUCAUAGAAUCUCAAGAUUCGGGUCUGCCAUUGUUAAACAGCUCGCAAGAGAGGGAUAUAUAUCAACACUUGGGAGAAGGAAUCUACAACGGUCGUAUGGCCACUACUUGCCGUCUUUGCCAAUAGUACAGAGGCAAACUAGGACUUCUCAAGAAGCAUUCUUCUUGAAGAACCAUAGGUUUUAUACUGCUUCAGCUACUUCCUCUGAGCAGGGUGACGAAGAAACUGAAAAGAUAACCAUUAUCUUCGUCGAUAAAGAUGGAGAGGAAAUCCCUGUUAAAGUCCCUAUUGGAAUGUCAGUGCUCGAAGCUGCUCAUGAAAAUGAUAUAGACCUUGAAGGGGCUUGUGAGGCUUCUCUAGCGUGUUCAACGUGUCACGUGAUCGUGAUGGACACAGAAUAUUACAACAAACUUGAAGAACCAACAGAUGAAGAGAAUGAUAUGCUUGAUCUUGCUUUUGGGCUUACAGAAACGUCACGACUCGGAUGCCAAGUCAUUGCAAGCCCAGAGCUAGAUGGUGUCCGUUUGGCCAUUCCGUCAGCCACAAGAAAUUUCGCAGUUGAUGGAUUUGUUCCAAAACCUCAUUAGUCUUCGCAGAGAGUGUUCUACAUGAGGCAUCAAAGAUUCAUGUUUCUAUUAGAGUGUUGAUGAUUGUUUUACUGAGAGGAAACAGUAUGCUUAGAUAUUUUAGUUUCGAUGAUUUGGCAUUUCUUGUUGUUGUCUGAGUUUUAAACAGAACAAGCUUUAAGCAAAACACAAGGCUUGCUUUCUUUUAA